AUGCUCAAGUGCGUCCCGUUCGCCCCGCCCGCGUGGGCCUCUGCGCUGCGCCGCCCACCGGCUCAGAAGCUCCGCCUGGGCCACUUCCCCACGCCCAUCCUGCCGUUCACGCCGCCCGGCCUGCCCGAGGGCGUGCGUUUGUUCAUCAAGCGCGACGACUUCAGCGGCAUGGAGACAUCCGGCAACAAGAUCCGCAAGCUCGAGUUCCUGCUGGCCGAGGCGCUGGAGCAGAAGGCCGACUGCAUCGUCACGUGCGGCGGCAUCCAGAGCAACCACUGCAGAGCGACGGCUGCGGUCGCCAGGAUGCUGGGACUCGACUCGUACCUGCUGCUCCGCACCAACAAACCGGACGAGGACCCGGGGCUCGUCGGCAACGUGCUCUUCGACCGAAUGCUGGAUGCCAACCUGAUUCAGAUGUCGAGGCAAGAGUACGGCAAGUACGGGAGUGAAGCUAUGAUCAAGCGCACUUGUGAGCGACUGAAGAAGGAAGGCCGACGUCCGUAUGCGAUCCCAGUGGGCGGGAGCAACGGUCUGGGCACGUGGGGCUACAUCGAAGCUAUUGAGGAGAUCAACAGCCAAUUGAAGGAGUACGACUUGCCGGUGACGGACAUCGCGUUCGCGUGUGGUAGCGGAGGCACUGCUGCUGGCAUUGGGCUUGGGACCUACCUUUAUGCCAAGGCUCACCCGAACGCAGCUCUUAUCUUCGAUACGAAGAUCCCGGCUCACGCAUACAUCGUUUGCGACAACGACGAGUACUUUCACGGCCACAUCGACAACCAGAUUCUGCCUGCGAUGGGCGUGCCGUCCGACAUCUCGUCGCGGCAGUUUUUGCAGAUCACAAACGCGCAGGGAACAGGCUACGCGCGCAGCACCAAGAAAGAGCUCGAGUUCAUCUACAGCGUGAGCCGCUCGACGGGUGUGCUCAUGGACCCCGUGUACUCGGGCAAAGCGCUUUUCCACCUCAUCCGAGAGCUGAACGAGGCCCCAGAGAAAUUCGUGGGCAAGAACAUCCUCUUCGUGCACACGGGCGGGCAGUUCGGCAUGUACGACAAGGUGGACGCGCUGCAGGAGGUCAUCCGCCAGGACCAAGUGAACCGUUUUGCUAUGGAGUGA